AUGGGCAAAUUGGAUUUGCAACAAGGACGUGUUUGGUUGUUGCAAUGCCUUCACGAGGACCUUACCAAUGGAGGGUUGCCAUGUCAUGAGAAGUCAAACUUCCAACUGCGGAACGCACCAGAUCGGCGUUUUCUUCCGACGUGGCAGAUACUGGUCGAUAUUAGUAAAGGUCUUGAUCUUCAAGGUUUCUGA